GGCCGAGAAUGUUCGAGUGCCGGUAGUUUUUAAUCGAUGAGCACUUGUGCGGGUGCCCUGCAGAGAUUCAAACCUACCGCGCCCUCUGACGUGACCAUAACGCGUUGUUUGUCUUGAAUCAUGUCGUGCUCGCGGCUUGAUUGCCUCCCCGUGUCGUGAUGCGCGAGUGGCGACAGUUUCGAGAAGAGCUUGACUGACAGGCGCGUUGCCCUCGCGUCGACGACGUCCGCGCACCCACGACGGGGUGCAGCCCCGCCUUGUUCGGCGGCAUCGAACCAGUUUCGCGGCCGACCGGUCCUGGGCGGGAGGGCAGUCAGUAGCCGCGAUGAAGCCGUGCACGACGCUGCUGCCGCUGCUGCUGGCGAUGAUGGUGCUGGUUGUUGGCAACCCUGGAGGGAGGGAGGUCCUCCGAGGCCCCACGAGGCCUGUAGUCAAGAACUACUUCACAACCGACAGGACAAAAGUGGUGCUGACGUGCGAGCCGGAGCGGUUCUUGGUGCGCAUCAACUUCACGCAGCCCUUCCGCGGCGUGGUGCACGCUGGCGACAAGCGCGACAACUGCCGCAUCCGGGGAGACGGGUCGCGACUGUACACGCUCCCGGUGCCACUCAACGACUGCAGCACAACGCACAACGACGCAACGGGCAGCUUCACGAAUAGCCUAACAAUCCGGUUUCACCCGUCGCUGGAGCUCGAAGGGGACGAGAUUAAGACUCUAGUCUGCAAAUUCACAACAGGCGACGUGAACCUGGGAUGACGGCCAAAGUGGACGAGAAGGUGCCAGCAUUCAGAGCACGUGUACACUUGGCACAACACCACGGAGUUGAAAUGCAUCAGCACAGCCAAGAGUGUCGGCCGCGGACAAGAGGACAGCUAUCGGGACUAAUCGCCAUAGCUGUCCUCUUCGGGCCGUCACCCUGUAGAGCCCCGCCUGCCAUGGAGUUUAUAUAACCAACUCUAAGCUCCCCAUAGUUCGCGUGCAUUGAAAUCGAUAACCGCAAGGGCGCCACCAUGCUGCUACUUUGAGCCGGCGCGCAGGCGACGAGAAGUGAUUCAGACGAGACGCCCAAUUAACGCGAUCCCGUGCCUUCCUCACUAUGAGGACGCCCUCUAGUUCAGGCGCCUGAAACUCAUCCUUUCACGCACCGUAAAUUUUCCAUAGAGUAUUUAUGAAUAGCCAUUGCAUUUUUCUGAAAAAUAUAGGGAAUGAACUUUACGCAUUGUCCGUACGUACUUGCUACGUGUAAAUGCUUGUUUUGCAACAAAAAUGACAUGUAGCAACAUGGCCGCGCCUUUGCGGUUGCCAUUUUAUUUCGCCCAGCUUUUUCUCUAGAGUUAGCAUACUAACUCUGUGCCACCUGCAAGACGUAGGAUGUGAUGAUCGCUUGUCAAUGACGUCAUGCCUUCAUGUUCCGCCUCUAUCGCUCCACUACUGUACACACUUUUGUUGCCGGCAAAGCAAGAAAGCAAGAAAGAAAAGAAAAGCAAGAAAGCAAAGCAAGAAAGCAAGAAACUCCGUGUCGGCACGGAGUUUCUUAACAAAACGUCGCUUUAUGCAUUGAAGCACAAAAUUAACUGGAACACCAAUGCAUUUCUUCGCAAAGUUCAGGAAUUAUUAUCUCGAAACUGCUGUCAUCCUGAGAAUUCGUUCCAAGUAGAUCCGCCUUGGGAACACCACGGCUACAAUUUGUAAAUCGCAAUGUGGGCUAUUAGGUAAUUAGUUAAAAAGUUAAUUAGUGAAUUUUUGUUGAUCAGUAGAUUACGCAUUUCAAUUUUUUGUGCAAGUAAUGUCCGCCUCUUCGAGUACACCAGCUCAUUAACUAGAAUUGGGCUAUCUGCCACAGGCAACCUUAAAUAAAUUUUGAAAGUGUUCGCUGAAACACCCUGUAUAUAUAGAAACAUAUAAAAAGCAAACAGAAAUAAAAAUCAAUAGACAUAAAAAUUUCACCAUGAUUAUAAAUGAACCAACAAAUGAAUUAUAAAUGAAAAAAAUUCAAAUUUUGAACAAAUGCCAUGUCAUGUCUUAUGGCAGAUACAGCAUCUUCUGGCAGGUUACUGUAAUGACGAACGGCUUAGGCAAGAUUGGUGAGUAAUUGAGAAGCACGUGGGAACAUAAACAGCUCUUUAAAGCGGCUGAUCUUACUGAGAAAAAAUACGAUUGUUGGGCUGUGUAUGUAAGACAAUGUGAAUGACGCGUGACUGUGAUAAAAGAGUGCGAGUGCCAACAGUCUUCGCUGCCUGAACGAUGGAAGGUUAAGCGAUGCUGACAUGAUUGCUUCCUAUAAAUCUGGCAGCUCUAUUCUCAAUAAGGUAGCCCAAUAAUUAAGUACACUUGAAUUUGGUUAUGUAUAACUGACGCAUAUUCUGAGUUAGAGCGAACCAGAGAGGCAUAUGCUCAAUAUUUAGUGUUCCGCUUAGCCUGCUGUGACGAGGUACUGUAUGUGGCUAGUAUACACAGUAACUCUAGCUGUGACGUCUGACGAAUAUUGCUUUGAAUAUUUUCUACUUAUAGUGUCAAUAUCCGUAUUUCAUGAUAGGUCGCCAGAUGGUUGCACGCCUAGGAUCUUUAUUGUAGAAACGUUUUCAUGGGUAUAUCAUGCAAGAACUGCGCAAGUAAUUAGGGAUAGUCGUAAAUGCCAUCACUGUUGUUUUAGAAGCGUUUAUGUACAUUUGCUGGUGAUCACACUAAGCGGCGAUAUUCUUGAGAGGUCUUUGCAAACAGUGUGGACGUCAUGUUUAGUAAUGUGUCUAUAAAUCACACAGUCGUGAGUGAGUUGAUGAUGCAAGGUUUUUACGCACGUCUUUGAUGAAGGCGGAAGUAAUAUCGGUCGCUCUGCUGAGCAUUGCCGUGUACAGGGCUUGGCUUAAUAAAGAACAACAGUCGUAAACUGGGACAAAUUGAGAAUGGUCAAUCAGGACCAAGUAAACCAGUUGCUGAUGCUUGCUUAUUGUGAAAAAGAGUAAAUGAGCGUGUCAAAUGCUACCAUACCAUGGUGAGGAGCCGCGUCCUCGUCAUUCGCUUGACGGGCUCAAUCCAUUGGUCCUUCCCGUGAAAGCUGCGCAUUAUAGAACGUCUGCCUUGUCGUGCACAUGAAGAGGCGUUUUCUUGACAUUUCUGUAUUUGGCAGCAAUAUAAAUAAACCUCACUUCUCAUGCGCCACUGUCCUUUCAUGUAUUGUUAAAACAGUAAAAACCCCACACGUCCUUCUUUUUAAAGCGUGAGCCCCGAGAGAUGCAUGAAAUUUAUUUGGGCUAAAUUGGGUUCAAAUGCGCAGCUUAUGCUACCGAAGUAAUCUUGGCAAAUCCGCAGGGCUGGUAGGAUUUUUAAAGUAUACCUAUUCGGCGACUUUUUUCUAAUAGCGAAUAAGAAUGCCUAAUUUAUGGACCUGUGAAACUGACUAUAUAUAGGAUGUUUUUUUAGACAAUGCAGAUUUUUAUUUUUAAAAAGUAAUGAAAGAAGCCAACGUGGUGUUUUUGCAGAUCAGUUCAAGGGCGAGGCGGACAUUUCCACCAAUAACGUGAGCAGAAGACUAAUUAGCAAAAAUUUAUUGAUUACCUUUUUUAUUCUUGCCUUGGGGACCGCUCUGUAAGUGACAAAUUAGGAGCCAGUGGCAUUUUCAUUCACACCUAUCUUUUAAAGACCUGGAGAAUCGCACUUAAUUCGAGAUAUUCAAGACGUGUGCGGCGAAGUUCGAGUGACACCAUACAGCGGCAAAUCGUAAGCCGACACACAGCUGCACAUGCUUGCCAGGCAAAGCGUAUAUGUGACGCAUCAGUAGCUGCCGCGACUACAGACGUUCGGUUUGCUACUUUCUCGCGCUUGUCGUCACGGAGUUUCGGUCUGAUAUGACAGCGCGCGGUCGCCUUUUCUGUGCUCCAGCGGAUUGCCUGAAUUUACCGUUCAAGUUCGAUUACAAAUAUCUCAAAUUAAGUGAGGCUUUCCAGGUAAAAAAAAAAUGAAGGUGCGUUAAAGUGUGAGUGACUUCAUACUCGCUAGUUUAACAGCUGUAUAAAAAAGGUAAUUAUUAACUUUUUGUUAAUUCAUUCAUCAUCAUACGUUUGACAAACUCACCUUGUAUCGCAUGCCGUGACGCGACUUACGUCGUGCAACAAGAACUGCUCUUUCAGGGCAAAAUAUUAACUUUUGCUUCACUUGCCAGAAUGUUCCUAUAUGGAAUUACUCCUAUAGAUUGUUCGUUUUCACCAUACUUUCCUGCAUUUUCGAUAUUUUCGUAUGGACACUCCAGGCGAAUUUACAUCGUCGCCGUGGUGUUCCGUAUGUAAAGUCCAAGUGCAAUAACACCGCGGCCGCACGCCGUAUUAUAUAGGUGCGAGUUUUUUUUGCGAGUUUUUACGACUGUUUGGUACAUGCCGAAAACACGUACAAUGUUCCCCGUACAUUGUACGUGUUUUCAUAAGAUAUAACGACCUUUUUAGCGAGAACCAUGUGUGUAUAGUACGUACUGCUUCCUUCAAGCAGACUUUAAUUAAACUGCGUCGACAAUAAACAAUUAAGCUGGAGCUGUUAAUUAAUUCAACGUUCUUGAUCAAGGAUUAUAUUUCAUCACAAGUUGUGCGACCUGUUUUGUCUUCUGUCUUCAUCACAACAUUCAGAACACUACGUUUUCUUUAAAUAAAGGUUGCAAGUAAAUUAUUUUAGGUUAU